UUACCGUCUUAUUGGGCGUCCGAUCCCAAAAAAAAAAAAAAAAAAAAAAAAAAAAACAAAACAAAAAGAAAAACACAACAUAAUACUCCUACGAAAGACGUAUUGUACAUAUAAUAUUUUUUUGGACUAUAAAUAAGUAGCUUUCGAAACCCUUAAGCUGCACGUACUUCAAAGAGCCUUUUUUUAGGGUCUUCAAACAUUAGUAAUAAUAUUUUGGAGCUCUCUCACUUCCGCACAAUGGCAGCCACCACCAUCAACUUCCUUAAUGUUCCUUCCAAAACCACACUUCUUCCCACAAAUAAUUACGGACACGGCUUCAACUUUAAAUUCUCCGAGCAACUUUCUUCCGGCCGCUCUACCCGCCGGAAUUUCUCGCAUUCUUGUCCCACAUUGCGGUGUACGACCAUGGCCACCGCCAAGGUCAUCGAGCAACCUGAUCAGAAAGUUGUAGUGAGGCGCUCAGGAAACUAUGAGGCACCACUUUGGAGUUUCGAUCACAUUCAAUCCCUCGACAAUGGAUAUUCGGCUGAGAAAUACCUGAGGAGGGCUAAUGAUUUAAAAGAACAAGUGAAAAUGAUGCUUCGGGAAGAUAAUAUGGUGCUGCUGGAUUGUUUGGAGCUUGUUGAUAAAUUGGAAAGAUUGGGAAUCUCCUACCAUUUUGAAGAACAAAUUGACAAGAUAUUAAGAAGCGUAUACAGCCGUACGAGAGAUGGACCCGAAAGAAGCAACAAAGAUUUGUACGCCGCGGCUCUUGAAUUUCGAGUAUUCAGACAACAUGGUUUUCAUGUCUCUCAAGAUAUAUUUAAUCCAUUCAUGAACGAAAAUGGUGAUGAGUUCGAUCACGGCCUCAUUGAGGAUACAGAAGGAAUCCGGGCUUUGUAUGAAGCUUGUUUUCUAGCAUUGGAAGGUGAAACCAAGUUAGAUAUUGCAAGGGAAUUCACAACUGAAAACCUCAAGAACAAGCUAGAAAAUGGGAAAAUGGACCAAAAUAUGAGUUAUUUAGUGCACCAUGCGCUAGAGCUUCCUUUGAGGUGGAGAGUACCAAGAAUAGAGGCAAGGUGGUACAUUGAUGCAUACGAGAGAAGUCCAAACAAGAACCCUAUUUUGCUCGAGCUUGCCAAGUUGGACUUUAACAUCGUACAAGCGACACAUCAGCAAGACCUCAAACACGUAGCAAGGUGGUGGGAGGACUCAAAAAUUGCGGAGAAGUUGCCAUUUAUAAGGAACAGAGUCGUGGAGAAUUUCUUUUGGACGAUUGGAGUGGUUUUUGAGCCUCAAUAUGGGAGUUGUAGAAGAAUGCUGGCCAAGGUCUUCGUUUUGAUCACAAUGAUAGAUGACAUUUACGAUGUUUAUGGAACUUUAGAGGAAUUGGAACUGUUUACUGAUGCCAUCGACAGAUGGGAUGUCAAAGCCAUGGAUCAACUUCCGGAAUACAUGAGAGUUGGAUUUCUUGGAUUUUUCAAUUCCAUCAACGAGAUGGCCUACGAUGCCCUAAAAGAACAAGGCGCACAUAUUGUGGGAUACCUAAGAAAAGUGUGGGCCGAUCUCUGCAAAGCAUAUAUGCAAGAAGCAAGAUGGUACUACAGUGGAUAUACACCAACCGUGGAGCAAUACCUAGAUAAUGCUUGGGUUUCCAUUUCAGUUCCGGUCAUGUUAAUGCAUGUUUAUGCAGUCAUCACUAAUCCCAUGAGCAAGCAAGCCAUGGAUUGCCUUGAUAGUCACAACGUUGUUCGUUGGUCAUCAUUCAUAUUACGAUUUGCUGAUGAUUUGGGAACAUCCCCGGGUGAGAUGAAGAGAGGUGACGUGGCCAAAACGAUGCAAUGUUACAUGAAGGAAACUGGGUGUUCAGAAGAAGAAGCCAGAGAACACUUGUGGUAUCUGUUGAGAGAAACAUGGAAGAAAAUGAACAGAGAUUCGGUGGCAGAAUCGCCAUUUUCAAGGACAUUUGUGAGGGCUGCCAAGAACUUUGGAAGAGUGGCACUGGUAAUGUACCAAUAUGGAGAUGGCCAUGGUCUCAAUUCCAAUCCCGAAGCCAAAGAUCGCAUUUUGACUUCACUCUUCACUCCGGUUCCCCUUUCUAAUAAUUAAAUCAGUUUGCCUACUACUUUUUCAAUAAUUGGUUCUACAUUUAUAUCAUUCUUGCAUUGAUUUGGACAGACAUGAAAAGUUCAUUAAAUUCGUGUUAGUUAAUUUGCUUUAUAAUGAUGUACUACGUGUUCUUGGUCAGUAUCGAUCAUACGUACCAUUGAGGAACCAUGCAUAUCUAGCUAGGAGGUUUCUUCACAUGAAUCACGACAACAAUUAAUUCAUGUAUUAAUGUGACUCCCCUGAUUGGAUUGUAAUCAUCAAAGAUUUUGCUAUAUAAAUUUAUUAUUGUUAGGCCCGAAACGCGAAAAUCAUUAUUAAUCUUGUGGGGUGCAAAAUCAAUACAUCAACUACAUCUUUGUCUGCAUGCCUUUGCAUGGCAUGGAUGUUGCAAAACCUGUCUAAUCAAUCAACCAUGCAUGAUUCUCUCCAGUAAAGAGACCUACCAAUUCACUGUCCAGACUUGAAGUUGAAGUUUAUGUGUUUGCAGCAUUUUGUCUCCAAUACCGACAUAAACGUGAAAUACGAGGCUCAAUCGGGUGAAUCCAAAGAAUCGUUCUUUUUUUUUUUUUUUUUCCCUUCCUUAUUUUUAGUUAUCAGGGUUUCUUGUGAAUUUAGG